AUGGGAGUAAAAUCAAAGUAUGUGAUCGUCCAGCUGGCCUCAUUGAUUUCCGGAUCGACCAGAGUUUGGGUCAGGGAACGGGCCGCUGAAAAGUUUACCGGAAUGUUCUUCGAUCCCGCAAUUGGACGAAGCUGUUUAUUCGAGGAGAGCCGAAGGAUAAAGGGCAAAGGCGAACUGCCCAAACAUGUCAAGGCAAAGUAUAACUGCGGC